AUGGCGACCUCAAAGAAGAUUGAGGAAAAGUACCAGAAGAUGCUCAAGGAGAUCCAGAAGCGGCCAGAGAACCGCCACUGCUUUGACUGCAGCGGCCGCGGCAACCAGUACGUCGUGCUCAACUACGGCGUGUUUGUGUGCACCACGUGCUCGGGCAUUCACCGUGAGGAGCAGCACAAGAUCAAGUCGGUCGGCAUGUCCACCUUCUCCACCGAGGAGAUCAAGGCGCUCGAACGCGGCGGAAACGGAACCGCAAAGUCCAUCUGGCUCGCAAAGGCGACGCAGUCGGAAGGACAGCCGCCGCCGGAGGGCGACAUCCCCAAGAUCCGCGCGCACAUCAAGGCCAAGUACACGCAAAAGCGAUGGUAUGACGAGGGCGGCGGCGCGCCGCCGCCCGCCGCCGCGCCGCCGCCGCAGCAGGCGGCCGCGUCUCGCGCGGCGCCGCCCGCGUUCGCAGCGCCGCAGCCCGCAUUCGCGGCGCCGCAGCCGGCGACAGCACCGCAGCCCGCCGCGGGGGGCUUCAGCGCCGACUUUGGCGCUGCUUUCAACGGCCCGCCCGCCGCCGCCGCCGCGCCGCCGCCCGCGCCCGCGCCGGCGCCGCCGCCCAACGACAUGGACCUGCUCGGCGGCCUCGACCUCGCCGCCCCGCCGCCCGCCGCGCCGGCGGGGCGGGAUGGCCGGGAUGGGCGGCGGCUUUGGCGCGUUUGGCGCCCCGCCCGCCGCCGCGCCCAACGGCGCGCCGCCCGGAGGCCCGAUGGGUGGUAUGAUGGGGAUGAUGGGCGGUCCUGCUCCGGGCAUGGGCGGAGGCCCGCCGCAGGGCAUGCCGGGCAUGGGAGGCCCGCCGCCGGGCAUGGGGGGGCCGCCGCCGGGCAUGGGGGGGCCGCCGCCGGGCAUGGGGGGGCCGCCGCCGGGCAUGGGGGGGCCGCCGCCGGGCAUGGGCGGGCCGCCGCCGGGCAUGGGGGGGCCGCCUCCUGGGAUGGGGGGGCCGCCGCCGGGCAUGGGCGGGCCGCCGCCGGGCAUGGGCGGGCCACCGCCAGGCAUGGGAGGCACGCCGCAGGGGAUGGGCGGAGGCAUGCCCGGCAUGGGGGGAGGCCCCAUGCCGGGGAUGGGAGGGCAGCAGCCGCCGGGCAUGGGCAGUCCGAUGGGCGGACCUCCGGGAGGCGGCGGCUUCGGCGCCCCGCCCGCCGCGCCCGCGCCCGCACCCGCACCCGCACCCGCGCCCGCGCCAAAGUUCGGCGUCGCGGGCGGCGCGAUCGACGCGGACCUGUUCAACAUGGAUUCGGCGGCGGCGGCGGCGCCCGAGCCCCUCUCGUACGGCUCGUCCGCGCCCGCGCCCGCGCCGCUGACGUACGGCGCGCCCGCUCCCCUCGACUACGGCGGCGGCGGCGGCGGCGGCGGGCCAAAGAAGCCGGACCCGGCCAACAUCGUCGGCCCGGCGUACGGCGCGCCCAAACCGAGCAUGGGCGGGCCGCCGCCGGGAAGGGGAGGGCCGCCGCCCGGCGCCGGCGGUGCAGGGCCGCCACCAGGCAUGGGAGGGCCGCCGCCGGGCAUGGGGGGGCCUCCCCCCGGGAUGGGGGGAGCCCCGCCCGGCAUGGCAGGACCCACGCCUGGCGGGAUGGGCGGGCCGCCGCCGGGCAUGGGCGGAGGCAUGCCCGGCAUGGGAGGCCCGCCGCCUGGCAUGGGGGGCCCGCCGCCAGGCAUGGGCGGUGGCAUGCCGGGCAUGGGCGGCCCGCCUCCCGGCAUGGGGGGAGGCAUGCCCGGCAUGGGCGGGCCGCCGCAGGGCAUGCCGGGCAUGGGCGGGCCUCCGCCGGGCAUGGGGGGAGGCCCCAUGCCGGGGAUGGGAGGGCCGCCACAGGCGCCGGCCGCUGCGGGCGGCGGCGGCGGGCUGAGCGACGCCUUCUCCGGCUUGGACCCGUUCGGCGGCAAGGCGUCUUCGGCGCAGAGGCCGCCGCCGCAGCAGCCGCCGCCGCAGGGGUACCCGCCGCAGCAGAUGGGCGGCAUGAACCCGCAGCAGCAGAUGAUGAUGCAGCAGCAGGGCAUGCGACCGGGCAUGGGUGGGCCGCCGCAGGGGUACCCGCAGCAGCAGAUGGGCGGCAUGAGCCCGCAGCAGCAGCAGCAGCAGCAGCAAAUGAUGAUGCAGCAGCAGGGCAUGCGUCCGCAGGGCUACCCGCCGCAGGGGCAGAUGGGAGGCAUGAUGGGCCAGCAGGGCGGCUUCCCGCAGCAGCAGAUGGGCGGAAUGAACCCACAGCAGCAGCAGCAGAUGAUGAUGCAGCAGCAGCAGAUGAUGCAGCAACAGCAGAUGCAGCAGCAGCAGCAGAACAACAGCUUUGGCGGGUUCUGACGCCGGCGCACGCACAGCGCGCCGCCGCUGUGCGCCUUGAGUAUAGCGCGGGCGUGUGA